GCGGAGAGAGAGUGAGGAAACUGUGUUCCCACUUGGGUUGCUAGCGAUCAAGAGUAAAAGUCCAUUCUGAUACCAAAAUGCAGUAUUCGCACCACUGUGAGCACCUUUUAGAGAGACUGAACAAACAGCGGGAGGCAGGUUUCCUUUGUGACUGCACCAUAGCGAUUGGGGAAUUCCAGUUUAAGGCUCAUAGGAAUGUGCUAGCGUCUUUUAGGGAGUAUUUUGGUGCAAUCUACAGAAGCACAUCUGAAAACAAUGUCUUUCUUGACCAGAGUCAGGUGAAGGCUGAUGGAUUUCAGAAACUCCUGGAGUUUAUAUACACAGGAACUUUAAAUAUUGACAGUUGGAAUGUUAAAGAGAUUCAUCAGACUGCUGACUAUCUCAAAGUGGAAGAGGUGGUCACUAAAUGUAAAAUAAAGAUGGAAGAUUUUGCUUUUAUUGCUAAUCCCUCUUCUACAGAGAUAUCUAGUAUUACUGGGAACACUGAAUUGAACCAACAGACUUGUCUUCUUACUCUACGAGAUUAUAACAAUCGAGAGAAAUCAGAAGUCUCUACAGAUUUAGUUCAGGCAAAUCCUAAACAAGGGGUAUUAGCAAAGAAGUCAUCUCAAACUAAAAAGAAGAAGAAGACUUUCAACUCUCAGAAAACAGGGCCGAAUAAAACCGUGCAAUAUCCCAGUGACAUUUUAGAGAAUGCAUCUGUUGAAUUAUUCCUAGAUGCAAAUAAAUUGUCUAUACCUGUAGUAGAACAAGUUGCACAAAGAAAUGAUAAUUCAGAACUUGAAUUGACAUCAGUUGUGGAAAAUACCUUUCCAGCACAAGAUACUGUGCAGACUGUUACAGUGAAAUGGAAACGUGGAAAGUCACAGCCAAACUGUGCCCUGAGAGAACAUUCUCUGUCUAAUAUAGCCAGUGUCAAGAGUCCUUAUGAGCUGGAGAACUCUAGGGAGGAGCUGGAUGAGAGGUACUCCAAGGCCAAGCCAAUGUGUGAUACAUGUGGGAAGGUGUUUUCAGAAGCCAGCAGCCUGAGAAGGCACAUGAGAAUACAUAAAGGAGUCAAACCUUACGUGUGCCACAUGUGUGGAAAGGCAUUUACCCAGUGUAACCAGCUGAAAACACUUGUAAGAACGCAUACAGGUGAGAAGCCAUACAAAUGUGAACUGUGUGAUAAAGGAUUUCCUCAGAAAUGCCAGCUAGUCUUCCAUAGUCGCAUGCAUCAUGGUGAGGAAAAACCCUAUAAAUGUGAUGUAUGCAAUUUACAAUUUGCGACUUCUAGCAAUCUCAAGAUUCAUGCAAGGAAGCAUAGUGGAGAGAAGCCAUAUGUCUGUGAUAGGUGUGGACAGAGAUUUGCUCAAGCCAGCACACUGACUUAUCACAUCCGUAGGCAUACUGGUGAAAAGCCUUACGUGUGUGACACCUGUGGGAAGGCAUUUGCUGUCUCCAGUUCUCUUAUCACUCAUUCUCGAAAACACACAGGAGAAAGACUGUUUAUCUGCGAAUUAUGGGAUAUCAAAAAUUUAAAGAAGCACAAAACAAAAGUCCAUUCUGGUGCAGAUAAAACUCUAGAUUCCAAUGUAGAGGAUCAUACUUUGAGUGAACAAGAUUCCAUACCAAAAAGUCCUUUGUCAGAAACUCUGGACGUAAAACCUUCUGAUAUGACUUUACCCCUGUCUCUUCCACUUGGCACUGAAGAUCACCACAUGCUUCUACCUGUCACAGAUAACCAGUCCCCUACAGCAGAUACAUUGUUGAGGUCAACUGUGAAUGGGUAUUCAGAACCACAAUUGAUUUUUUUACAGCAGUUAUACUGACUUUGUGAGGAAAAUGGAAUUGCUAAGAUGUCUUUGGCAGUAAAUCAAGCAUCUCUGGUAAGGUGCAUAUAUUCAUAUUAGAUUUCCAUUCAUUCAUGUUGUGACCAUUAUUUUUCAUUCACUGGAGUAAAAGCAAACCUGAUUCUGCAUCAUAACUACAAUGCUUAUUUUUGAUUUUUGGCUUUUAUGUCUUAUACAUUCAGCUUUUUACAGAAUGAAUUAUACUAGGGUAGUACUAUUUUGGGUAGAUAAGUUUUAAUUUUAAUUGCCUUA